GUCCGAGCUACAACUUGUCGUCGUGACCUUUCACCCGGCUUCGACGAGGGACGCCUUGGAACUGGUGUGCGCAUCGAGGGACAACAACUUGCAGGAUUUGGAGGCCCUGUUAGAUCGGCCCCUCAACCCAGAUGAGAUGGAUGAGAACGGUUGGGUCUCCCUUGGCGCAGCUGCUGUUUCUGGCCACCGGGAAGCAGUCUGCCUCCUGUUGGAAGCGGGCGCGGACACAGAGAGGCGCAUGAGUGAUGGCGCGACGCCUCUGGUGAUCGCGGCCCAGAAUGGGUAUGUGGAGAUUGUGCAUCUACUGCUUCAUGCAGGGGCUGGUGUCAACAAGACGGUUCCACAACUGGGUGCUGCUGCCCUCCAUGCUGCAAGCCAGAAUGGCCAUCAUGAAGUGGCGCAGCUCUUGCUGGAGAGCAAUGCUGAAGUGGACAUGACCAUGCACGAUGGAACGGCUUCCCUCUUCCUCGCAUCUCAGCAAGGCCAUCCCCAGAUCGUGCAGCUGCUGCUGCAACGGAGGGCUGAUGUCAACAAGGUGAAUGUCGAAAUGGUGUCCAGCCUCGUUGUGGCAUGCGAAGAUGGACACCUGGAGGUCGCCCGCGCGCUGCUAGAGGCUAAGGCAGACCAAAGGGCGACGGAUGAUGGCACUACGCCGCUCUUCGUCGCAGCUCAGAAUGGACACCUGGCUGUCGUUCGGCUAAUGCUGGAAUCAGGCGCAGACAAGGAGUACCCAGUCGACGACGGCUCGACUCCUCUCCUCGUGGCCGCCUGGAAUGGACAUCUGGAGGUGGUGAAGCAGCUUCUCGAGGUUCGUGCGGAUGCGAAUGCAACGCAGCAAAACGGCACCACGCCACUGCAUGCCGCAGGGAGCAAUGGCCAUAUGCCAGUGAUUCGCUUGCUACUGGAGGCUUCCGCUGACAUGCAGAGGACCUUUUUCAUGCUUUACAUUGGCCUCGAGCCAGGGCCCAGAGUAGCGGGCUGGUAUGAUUGCCCCUAUCGUGUGGACAACGCGUUCAAGGACUACCGUGUUUUUCCAUCAUCGAGUGCCCAGGAACCUCAAUGCAGCGAAGAGUUUCCCACACAUCGGCCGUGGUUCACCCUUCAGUCGCGCCGGGGGCCUGGCUGUUGA